CCGACCCGCCCCCAGAACCCGGAAUCGCAAUCCUGUUCCCACCGACCCACUCCUCGCCGGCGAGCGCGCGCCGCCGCCGCCGCCAUGAAGCGGGCGCGCAGCUCCGAGGUAUUCCUAGGAGGCCGGGGUCGCGCGCGCCGCCGCGUGGCGCCCCUGCUCGCUGCCGCGGCCUUCGUUUACCUCCUGUUCGUGUCAGUAAAGCUCACCGGCCUCGGCAUCGCCGACCCGGCGGCUAUCAGUCGCCCGGCGAGCGGCGGCGGCGGCGUGGGGGAGGUGAUGCAGCGGCGGCUCGAGGUCGAGGAGCCGGCACCCCACGCGCGCUCUGCUAGGGCUGGUGUCGCCGUCGCGGGGUACGGCCGCAUCACUGGGGAGAUCCUCCGGCGGCGGGAGGCUGGAGGGUGGCGGAGGCGGUGGGGGCGCUCCGGGAACGUCUCGGAGCUCGAGAGGAUGGCCGAGGAGGCGUGGGAGCUGGGUGGGAAGGCAUGGGAGGAGGCGUGCGCGUUCGCCGGCGACGUGGACUCCAUCGUCUCCCGCGACGGCGGGGGCGAGACCAAGUGCCCCGGCUCGAUCGCCAUCGGCGGCGCCGACGGCGAGACCGUGGCGUUCCUCCCGUGCGGGCUGGCCGUCGGGUCGGCGGUGACGGUGGUGGGGACGGCGUGGGCGGCCCGGCCGGAGUACGUGGAGGCGCUGGAGCGGCGCGGGGAGGGGAACGGGACGGUGAUGGUGGCGCAGUUCGCCGUCGAGCUGCGGGGGCUCCGCGCCGUCGAGGGCGAGGAGCCGCCCAGGAUCCUGCACCUCAACCCGCGGCUGCGCGGCGACUGGAGCCAGCGGCCCGUGCUGGAGAUGAACACCUGCUUCCGCAUGCAGUGGGGCAAGGCGCACCGCUGCGACGGCAACCCCUCCAAGGACGACGACCAGGUGGAUGGAUUGGUUAAAUGUGAGAAAUGGGAUCGGAGAGACACUGUUGAUUCAAAAGAAACAAAGACAAGUUCAUGGUUGAACAGGUUCAUUGGACGAGCAAAGAAACCAGAAAUGAGAUGGCCAUACCCAUUUGCAGAGGGGAAGAUGUUUGUUCUUACCAUCCAAGCUGGUGUCGAAGGAUACCAUGUUAGUGUGGGAGGUCGUCAUGUUGCCUCAUUUCCUCAUAGGAUGGGGUUUUCUCUUGAAGAUGCCACAGGUUUAGCUGUAACAGGUGGUGUAGACGUUCACUCCAUAUAUGCAACCUCUCUUCCAAAGGUCCAUCCUAGUUUCUCUCUCCAGCAGGUAUUGGAAAUGUCUGAAAGGUGGAAGGCUCGCCCUGUACCAGAGGAACCAAUUAAGGUUUUUAUUGGCAUACUCUCUGCUACGAACCAUUUUGGGGAGCGCAUGGCUAUAAGAAAAAGCUGGAUGCAGUUUCCUGCCAUCCAACUGGGAAAUGUGGUUGCUCGGUUCUUUGUUGCACUGAGUCAUAGAAAAGAGAUAAAUGCAGCACUAAAGAAGGAAGCAGAAUAUUUUGGAGAUGUUGUCAUUGUGCCAUUUAUUGACCGGUAUGAGCUGGUGGUUCUGAAAACAGUUGCAAUAUGUGAAUUUGGGGUGCAAAAUGUAAGUGCAGAGUAUAUCAUGAAGUGCGACGAUGACACCUUUGUAAGGCUGGAUGUUGUGUUGCAACAGAUCUCUGUCUACAACAGAACCAUGCCUCUUUAUAUGGGCAACCUAAAUCUGUUACACAGGCCCCUUCGGCAUGGUAAAUGGGCUGUGACGUACGAGGAAUGGCCAGAAUUUGUGUAUCCUCCAUAUGCUAAUGGACCAGGCUAUGUUAUUUCAAUCGACAUUGCACAAGAUAUCGUAUCGCGCCAUGCAAAUCACUCCCUAAGGUUGUUCAAGAUGGAAGAUGUGAGCAUGGGCAUGUGGGUCGAAGACUUCAAUGCCACCACCCCUGUUCAGUACAUUCACAGCUGGAGGUUCUGCCAGUUCGGCUGCGUGCAUAGCUACUUCACGGCGCAUUACCAGUCGCCUUGGCAAAUGCUGUGCCUCUGGAACAAACUAUCAUCAGGCCGAGCACACUGCUGUAACUACAGAUGACGCUUGCUUCACUCUUAUAGUUCAGUGGAACAACCAACAACAGCCCAGGCGACAUUGAUCCCCCAUGAAGGCAAAAUUUUGAGCCGCGGGUACAUAGACCAGUGUCCCCAUUUGCUUGGCUUGAAUUCGUCUUGCUCGACUGACAGCAGAUACCAUUUCAAUAUCGGUGUGAUUUACUGCUCCACCUCCCAGAGCUCAUGUGCUAUAUCUAGGAGUACCAUACAAACUGUGUUUGGUUGAUUGAAGUGAAUGCUAAUGUGGGCGAGGAAAUGAAAGCCAGAGGCAGCGACAGUAAUCACACUACAUUGGCUGCUGCUGGUACAGGGGCAAGCCUUUUCUUGUCCGAGAUGUAUGCUCCAACGGAGGUAGACAUCUGUUGACUGAGACUUAUCUCAUUUUCUUUGUUCGUUGUAUGGCAGUAUAUGCUGGUUAUCUGUGACUGUAUGCGCCAACACUAUAUCAGUGCAAAGUUUUUAAAGAAACAGAAAUGACAGUGAUGUACCGAAACCACUGUGUCAGCAGAAAGAAAAAAGAUUGAAUUCGACGCAUAUGGUUACCCUUGUACCUACUAGGAGUACUGUAUCAAUGUUGGGUUUCAUGUGUGUGGUACUGACGUGUCAGCCGGGCAGUUUCAUGAAAUGAUCCUUUCUUGCCCAAGUUUAUUACAUAAUUCUAUGUAAUCUCUAUAAUUGACUAGAUUACAUACAGAUCGCAGGCCAUUUUGGUUUUGAAGGAAAAAAAUAUGUCCUAUCAAAUU